AAUUCAAAUUCUGAUCAUAUGUUGAGGGAAAAUGUAAUAAUUGCGAUUCGAUUUAGAAUAUCGGAUAACCACUUGGAUCUGAUAUCGAUUUGAAUUGUGAACUUGGUCUUUGGUUAAGGUUUUGUGUUACGUAGUGAAAAUGGUUAAACCAACGACUGGAUCAAAUUAUGGUGGAGAUAAAAUGUCUAAACCAACAGAGGUCAAGCCUGAACAAUCAAUUGAGAAAAUUUCUGCCAAAGUUGCUGGAAUUAAAUCUCGUGAAUACCCUAAUUUUCCGCAAUCAUAUUCAGGUGGUAAUAUGCCAAUGUCCAUUCAGAGUAAAUUUCAAUGGGAAAGGCAAAGAUUGAGCGAAGAUUUUAAUCAAAAGUGGAGAAACUGGAGAGCUCAAUGGAUUAAGGAUCAAACUCUUCAUCCAGCUGAACCUUUACAUGUUAAAGCUUUGGAACAUGAAUUUUAUAACCCAAUUAGAAGAGCUAUGAGAGUUCCUUUGAAUUUGUUUGAACUACAAGUAGCUAAAAUAACUGGUCCUGCAAGAGCCAAUAUCAUAAGACGAUGUACUGCCGUUGGAAUUGCAACUUAUGUCACAGGUUUAUGGUUAUACUACCUUUUUAAAUAUCGACAGCGAACUUGGGAAGAUUCAAGUAGAUCAGGAUGGCCGAUGAUCUGGACGGCUCGAGAAAGAGUUCUUCCUGGAGAUCCAGCUUAUCCUAACGUUGGAAUUAAAUUUGAGAAGCAAGAAUUUGCUGAUUUGGGAUUUUCCUCACGAAAAGUGCUACUUUUCAAGGAGCCAAAUACCAAUUAGAUUAGUUUUUGAAUCAAUAUUAUAAUAAUAAUUAGAGGGUUUAGUUAAUAAAUCACAUUGUGAAUACAAAAGUUAUUCAAUCACAUUUGAAUUAUCAAACGGUUACAAGUUGUUAAGAAAAGUGAAUCAAUCAGAUUCCAACCAUUGAAAAGGGAUUGUUAUUGUUUCCAAGAUAAUUAAUUGAUUAUAACAAUAAAACGAAGAGUUUAAGAUUAAGUAA